AUGCGUCGCCCCAGGUCGGUGACUUUCAUCUUCUCCGGGAACCGUGAAUUAGACGUCACCCUCGCGCACCAGCGAACGCACGCGCGGAGGACACUCGUCUCUUUCCUCGUCCACGCUCUCGUUUUUGCGAGAUGUUGCCUCGGGGAAAGCGCUCCAUGGCCGAUGCCGCGCGGCAUGGUGCACAAUCCGAAAAAUCCGUACGAACCUAACACUGUACAAGUGUUCCGCCCGAGAAACUUCAUCGAUCUGGACGAACUUCGCAUACGUGGCCAAGAGACCCGGGGAGUAGUGCAGCAAAAGCUAAACAGAAGAGGACCAACGCCUGCCGCUUCUAACAAAAAACAGAAAGAUGCUGCAUCUGCAUCUCCACCGCAGCCAGCAGCAGCUUUCAUCUCCUACUCCGAGACAGGUAAAGCCUCUAUUCCGAAAGUGACAGAGGACGAUGAAGAUGUGUCCCUGGUACGCGUCAAAGCGCGAUAUUAUCACGGUAAAAAGAACCCCUUCACCGACUGGCUAUUCGGAAAAGACGACGCAGAAAAGGAUGCUGACAAAAGCAGUCCGGCGAAAGGUGACGUUGACGCGGAGGAGACACCGGAAAGCAAACCUGUAACAAAAGUCGUGAAAAAACCAGAAGCUACUGGCGUCAACAAGAAGGACGCGAAAAGCGAGAAGGUCCAUCUCCCCGUCAAGAAAAAAGCUCCGGCAGCUAAGACCGCCGCAAAUGCUGCAAAGACUGAUGCUGAUGGAAAAGACAUCAAUCACAAGAAGCCGGUGGUGAUUGCCAAAACAAGCGGUGAGAAAAAGGUCGAAGCCAAUGAGAAGAAUAGAAAAAAGGCUGCAGCGACGCACGGACAAGAGGAUGCAAAAAAAGAUAAGGUGCUUGAAAUUGCGCUCGCUUUAUUUUUUUUUAUCGCAAGGAUAUCAGUUUGCAAUGUAUGUGGAAGGCAAGGACUCAUAAAUGCAGAUCAGGACCACGACUGGGAAAAAGUCGCAACGUAAAUUCAUCCUGAUGAAAUUUAAAAUAAAACCAAAACAGGCUUCCGAGUCUUCUGACGAUGAGCAGCGAGCGCAAGAUAGCACGGAUGAGGAUGCCGAAAGCACAGACGAAGGUAUGGAAAAGCAAGAACCGCCCGCGAAAGAUGUUGGGGACAAAGACCACGGAAACAAGAAGCAUAGCCUACUUCUUGUAGGAAAAGCAAAGUCGAAGCAGAGGCAACUCACGACAAAGAGCUUGACGCUGGGCGCUGCUAGUAGUGCUGGGCACAGUAAAACUGGGGUCGUAGAGCAGAGUCAGACCGGAACAUCAAGCGCUGCACAAAAAUUCGCGUCCACAGCAACAAAAGGCAGGAAAAGCGGAGCGAGCACCUCCUCAAAAGUAGUGAAAAAGACAACUACAACGUCGAAGAAAAAAUCUUUUCUCAAGACCCGCCUCAAGAAGACGUCAAAAGCAAAAACUUCAGCUUCCGCAUCCAAAUCAAAAACCAAGACAAAGAGGAAAUCGAAAUCGAAGACGAAGGCAGCUGCAUCAUCUUCUAGUACAAAAGAACAAGCAAAGAUCAGAAAGGAAACCGCCACAGUGGGUGCUGCAGCAAAAAAGCACCAGGUGAAGAAGGAGACCCACUUGAGUCACGUCCAAGCGAAAGAAACUGCGGCAAAGGAAAAUCUCGGAAAACGUCGAGCUGUACGCAUUGCCCAAAUAUGUCUGGGUUUGAAAGGUUGCAAAACUUGUGUAAUUCGCGUGACAUGGCUGUCGUGUAGAGUUUGUCAUGCAUGAUGCGGAAGAGUGUCACGUGGCAGUCGCAUCGUUUGUUCGUGUUGCAAGAAUGACUCUCACAUGCGGAAAAAUGCACUUCGCAUAGCUCAUCAAGAACAAGUUUUCGUGCUUGCCCGCCUAUUGUCAUCUGAUUUGAAAAUGUUUUCGUUAUCCACGUGAAACUCAGACAUACUUGCAUCUGAUAACCCGCCGUUGGGAGCCACGGGGCGGAAGCCACCUCCGAGGGGAAUUUCGACGCCAAGCUUUGGUUCACCGUGAAGCGAGCGGCAAAGUGCUGCUCCAGUGUAAUUCUUAGUACCGAUCAUUUUUACAAGACAGAAGCUGAAGCGGAGUACCAUGGUUCCCGCGAGUGUGGAAUCACCUACAGCAGAAACCAGUGCAUGGGCUUCCAAAUGUACAAAAUGAACCAUCUGUUUCUGAUACUGAUUUCCCACCUCGUCGUCGAGGGCUAUUGUUUCUCUUUCGGUGUUGCUUUUUGAGUUCAGCAUUGGAAAUGCUGUGGAAAAAAGUAGAGUUUAUGAAUCCAACAAAAAAAAUUAACAGCGAUGGGGAUGCAGGGAAAUACAUGUACACGACCUACAAAUCGUGCUGUGCUAGCGACUAUGAAAUGCAAAAAUGUCUGGGCCUGCAAGGAUGCGAAGUUGUGAUGCAUACUUGGAUCACACAAAAAUCUGUCAUGCUUAGACAGCAAAAGCAGCUCCUUUUCCUGUCGCCGAACGAAGGUGUUUACCAUGCGGAUUAAGCAUUGGGAAACCGUCUGCAAACCUGUGAUGCUAGGCCUUGCAUGGCACACCUUCCGCGUCAAGCAGAAACAGCAUCACAAACCUCAGCAAUCUUCCAGACCCAGAUAUAUUUGCAGUUCAUAGCGACUGUCGCAACCACGUCGAGCUGAACCAGUCCGUGUGGAUCCGGGACGAAGGGCAAAACUCUGAUCUAUCAGAAGGAAAAAUCCCCCCUCCCCACAUGGAAACGAAAUUUCUGAUGCUGGAUUUGCGUACACAAAUCAGAUUUGCCUUGCAGUAGAGGACUGCAGGCCCAUAUCGUGCCGGAGUCGAGAGGUUUUGGCCUAGGCACUUCUUAGCAUGAGGAACGUCUAUGCCGUAGGCGUAGGCCCAACAACAUUACACACCGCCGGCAUAAUGGGGCCGAGCCUGUGGCGUCGCUUUCUUGCAUCACAGAUGCGAUUUGUGGUCACAAAUCAGCAUGAGAAAUUUUCUGAGAUCUGCCUUAAUAUCGAUAUGGGGAGGGGGGAUUUUUCCUUACGAUAUGAUCUGUGUGCGACGGAGGGGAAGACCGGCGUAAAAAAAUCCUCUGCCGCGGGGAGUGUUUGACGACAGAUCCGCGGUGGGAUUUUGGAACCGAAGGAUGCAAGGACGGAGGAGAACGAACAGGCGGCUGCAAGAACGUACUGCCGUGGCCACAACUUUUGUGGUUUCUGGCAAAAAAGAGAAACUAACACCAAACAAAGGAUCAAGAAGAAUCCAAAUACACUUUACCAAAUCUAACGAAAUAAACGAGCUGAGAGGAUCUAUUUUUUUCACUCUAACUUCAACUUCCAAACAACUUUAACUUUUUGAUAAUCUUCAACUUUUUUGUUUCUAGAGAAUACAGAUUUUUAGAUUCCAUAUGAUCGAGGGUGGCGAGCGCACAGUUGUGCCUCCACCUGCAGGUGCGAGGACGACGAGAGGCAGGGGACAAUAAGCCAUCAUAUUUCAUCGUGUUGGUAAUGCAACACUGGCACCACAAACAUGAUCAUUGUUUACGGAAAUGUUAUGGAUCCUAAAGGAGCAAACAUUUCAGAAAAUCAAAAUGACCUUCAUGAGACCCAAUGAAUGUUGACGUCAGAAAAUAAUACACAUGUACAACUUUGCCACUCGGUGAAACCACAAAGAUAUGGCACGAACGAAAUACAAUGGCAAUAACCCG